AUGGCCACAGGCUGUAAUGCUGCGGUAGCAGUCCCACCCCACAAACGCUCGGAUACUGAAACAACCAGUACAAUCGAAAUAUCGGGAUGGCGUCUCACUAGCACAUCCUUGCCUAUCUCCAACGGUGCAGAGAUCGAUGCUUGUCAGGCAGAAGUCGGUAUCAAUCUUCCUGAAAUGUUUUUCGGUAAUAACUCGUUGGUGCUCGAAUGGUUUGGUCCCGACUCAGAUGUGGGUAUUCCACCUACCAGACCAGACUCUGAGGAAAACAAGGAGGACGUCGAUAUUAAACCCGAAAGUAAACCUCUAUGGCGGUAUGAAUUCCGGGCUCAAGACGCACUGAAGUGCGUUCACCGAGGGCCGAGUGAACCUGGGGAUGGGUGCGUCAAGGUUGGGUAUUCGGAGGCAUGGCUUAAAAGUCGGACGGGGCCGGCGGCAGAAUCGCCUAUGCCAGAAAUGGUUGAAGUGAAACCGUAUGAUUGGACGUACACGCCGCUUUACCCUGGUCACGCAAGCGUCCCAAACGACCUGGACAACGAUGGGUUUGUACCAGCAGAUCCUGAAAAUCCACAGCAUGCGAUACCGAUUUCUGAGCUCCAACGACCCGAUCCAAUACUGUUUUACGCCGAAAUACCACUGUAUGAGGACGAAUUGCACGACAAUGGUCUUUCUAUCUUGACUAUUCGUAUACGUGUUAUGCCCGGGUCGUUAUUCAUUCUUUUCAGGUUCACUCUCCGUGUUGACGAUGUUCUAUUCCGAAAUUUCGACACUCGGGUCUAUCAUUCGUUCGUAAGAAAUCCUCCUCUUGUAGUACGAGACACUCGAGGAUGGGAAACGCCCUACAAGACACUCAGAUCUCUGUUGCCAAACCCUGAAGAUCUAUCGCCACUGACGGAUCCGCAAUGGAUCGCUCGCAUGCUAGCAUCAUUGCCAGAGUCCUCGACAACGGACAAGUCCAGUCGACGUAGCACGGGAUGGAGAGGUCUCGGUACUCGAAUCGAAGUGUUGGAUUUGAACAAGCUAGCGAGCCAAGUGGAGCAAGAGCUUUCCAGCGGAGUCAAUGCGCUCGGAUUAGAUGAAAAACAAAGCUGA